AUGACCUCGGUACUGGCCUCACAUCCUGGCGACAUUCAACUGGCUAUGUCUCCGACCCAGGAGCCAACCCCGCCAGAGAACAAUAGGAUGGACGACGUUGGUCGUUCCCGGUCACUUAGCCAGGGUGACCUGAAGGCGGAGGCUCAUGACCAUGAUAUGGACGACGACCACGCCGAUGACGGCGGAGACUCAUCGGACGGUGAAGACGGGCCUGCCAGGAAACGACGGAGGAGCCGCAAGGGGCUUGACAAGAAGUUUGAAUGCCCUCACGACGGCUGUGGAAAGAGUUACUCAAGAGCUGAGCACCUAUAUCGACACCAACUUAAUCACAACCCAAAGCAAAUCUACAAGUGUGAUUUUCCCGACUGCACUCGGCAGUUCGUCCGGUUGGACUUGUGCAACAGGCACAGAGACAGACACACGGCAAAAGGCUCAGCGCUCAAUCGAAGAGACUCAAUGAUUGGACAAGUCUCACCGGCGGCUGACGGCCGCCACCCGUUUCCUCCUGGCUCACUCUCGCCCGAGGCCAACAGGCCUGGAAGUGGCUAUAUGGGGCCUCACUCGCAUCCGCAUUUUCAGGACCCUGCAGCGAGCCCGUAUACUUCUGUGACAAACACGCCACCUGUUUUCCCACAUCCAAACGGACAGCAUCAUAAUACCGCUAACUACAUGCGAUCAAGCCCUGCAUACGGCCCCCUUCCGGGCCAGCAGCCACAACACCAAUCCCCGAAUGGCCCACAGAGACCUUCCGUGCAGACGAAUGUCGGCCCCUAUGGAGUCAUGUCCCCGGCGUCGCAACAGGGAUUCCAGAGUCACCCCGGCGACACUCCUCAAUCUGCAACACCAUACUCUGGGCAUGCAAAUUUCCCUCCAUUCACCCUGCCGCCAUCUAAUUUCGCCUCCACAGUAUCGUCAGCGACCGUGCCGCGGGACAGCGGGCAACCUUAUACACCACAACAGAGUGGGAAUGAGUAUUCCCAAGGCCAGCCACAGCCCGCUGGCGAGAUGGUACUUCUGGAGAACAUGAGCAGCCAGACUACUAUACCUGUCUUUGGCAGCGACAGUGUCCUUAACAAAUCCCCUUAUGUUGGAAUGCCCGAAGAUUUCAUGAAUUACCUAUUCAACACCCAGGGUCCUGAUGGCAACCCCAUGAGUCACAUGGUACCCCAGUAUAACAAUUAUGGCGACCCUGCUCAGUAUAGUGUCCCUUACUACGGGACAGAGCCCAAUCAGAUGGGCUACUUCCCAAAUACUGGGCCACAGCAGGUCAUGGCGGUUAACAACUUACUGGAUCAAAACCUCCCCGAGACGGUGCUUUCCGAAGAGAAGGCCAACGAGAUCUUCGAAUUCAUCAAAGAACGCUUCCACGAGAACGGGCGCGCCCCAGUCGAGCACAAGAGAGAAAGCUUCAUCGAAGGUGAACGGACCGAUGAGCACAUGCUUAGCCGCAAGAUGAUGCAAGCCUACAUCGGCUCAUACUGGUUGCAUUUCAGCGACCAAAUACCUAUACUUCACAAGCCUACGUUUUCGCCUGACCGGACUCCUACCUUGCUGCUCAUCUCGAUGAUGACAAUUGGCGCCGCGAACCUUGACAAGGCUCACGGCCAAAAAGUCACGGAUCUCGGGGCUGAACUGUCGAACUUCCUGGCCUGGCAUCUCAGAUGGGAGACCUUCAUGGAUACAAACUUUAGGCCACCGGCGAAGUUGUGGGUAUUCCAGACGCUCAUUCUCUUGGAGCUGUACGAGAAGAUGUACUCGACCAGAGAACUGCACGAGCGGGCGCACAUCCACCAUGCAACGACGAUUACCCUGAUGCGGCGCGGCCGAUCGUUGAUUGGGAAGUCCGCUCUGGACUCCCCACCUAACCCAAGAGACGACAAGAUGGGCUCCCGACACUCGUCCACUUCCGGGGUUGCACAUACCCCGGACGAGUGGUGGAAUCACUGGAUCACCAACGAGGCCACCCGUCGCGCUGCUUUCGCGGCUUUCGUCAUUGACUCGAUUCAUGCGACAAUGUUCGGACAUUCGACAGUCAUGGUGGCUCACGAGAUGCGUCUGCCCCUCCCAUGCGAUGAGAAACUCUGGAGGGCCCAGAGCGGAGCUGAAGUUGGCCGAAUUGAGGCCAACUUUUACUCAAACGGAAUCAAGCCCGUACCAUUCCUCGAGGGCUUGAAACGGACUCUCAGCUCUCAGGAGGUCCAGACCAACUCUUUCGGAAGAAUGAUUCUCAUGGCUGGACUGCUCAACGUCAGCUGGCAUAUGAACCAACGAGAUCUUCAAGUGAAUUCUUUGGGCGGAGGUGUCUCAUCGGCCUUGGGCGGCCGUGACAAAUGGCGCGGCACGCUCACUCGAGCCUUUGACUCCUGGAAGGGGGACUUCGACAAGUCACUAAAACGGGGUGACAAUCCAUCAGAUCCGUACAGCAGCUUCGAGGCAGCCGAUCGCAAUGACGCCAACGCCGUGUUUGAGAGUCGCGUUGUCCUCCACAACCUGGCGCACCUGGCCAUGCAUGUCGACAUUGUCGACUGCCAGAUUUUUGCCCGGGCCAAGCGCCUCCUCGGCAGAGCCAUCGGAGCACAGGACCUCAGCAGCGCCCAGAGGCGCAUGAAGGACAUCUGGGCGCCUUCGGUCCGCGCUAGGGAUGCCACGUGGUACGCCUUGAAGUUCUUGAGCUCGGUCCUCCUGGAGCAGAGCGGGAACCAGCGCCCCAACGGCUACAACAGCCACCCGCACUCGUACUCGGACACGGACCUGCCCUACUGCGCACGUGAGGACGUCCUGCUGAACCGGCCGUGGGUCCUGUACUUUGCCGCGCUCGUGGUCUGGAGCUACGGGCACGCACUGGAGGGCCCGUGCCCGGACGCCGUGGUCCCGAGCUCCAAGUCGGAGCGCAUCCGCGAGAUGAGGGAGUACCUGAUGGCGUACGGCGGCACGAGCUACCCGGAGGACCUGAGGACGAUGAAGGGCCUGAACAAAAACAGCUCGCUGAUGCUGGUGCUGAAGGACACGUUCCUCACGACGAGGUGGGAGCUGCUGCACGAGGGCGCGACGCUGCUGAACAACUGUGUGAACCUCAACGCGGGGACCAUGGUUUGA